UGCAUGAAACAGUCUGGGGAGGAAACAUUUUACGCGCCGAAGUUAUGGACAUUAAUUCUGUCUGUUGCGCGUCACUUUCACACUAGGCUAUAAGAUAAGCUUUUAUUUAAGCAAACAUUUAGUAAAAUGUGGACGAUUCCGAAACCAAAAUACAAGACCGGUUUGUGCGCCGAUGGUGAGGCUGAGAUUACUGUGAACAUUGGCGGAGUCCGAGUGGUACUUUUCGGGGAUGUUUUGAAUCGCUACCCGGAGAGCAGACUGGCAGAGUUGGUGAACUGCUCAACUCAGAAUUAUGAAGUUAUCUCUUCGCUUUGUGACGAUUUCGAUCCUGGUAGAAAAGAGUUUUACUUUGACCGAGAUCCUGAUGCCUUCAAGUGCAUCAUCGACGUCUACUACUUUGAUGAAAUCCACAUCAAACGCGGCAUUUGCCCCAUCUGUUUCAUCAAAGAGAUGGAGUUCUGGAAAAUAGACCAAAGUGUUUUAGACGAAUGCUGUAAAAGUUACCUGAGUGAGAAGGAGGAGGAGCUGAAAGAGAUUGCAAACAAAGUGAAAGUGAUUUUGGAGGAUCUGGAGGUCGACCAGUGCAUUACGCGCACCCAGCGGUGCCAGAGGUUCCUGUGGAAACUGAUGGAGAAGCCGGGUUCCUCCCUGCCGGCGCGCAUCAUAGCCAUCGCAUCGUUCCUCUCCAUCCUGGUCUCGGCCGUGGUGAUGUGCGUGGGGACCAUCCCGGAGCUUCAGGUGACAGACGCCGAUGGGAAGCUCGUGGAGCACCCGACCUUGGAGGGGAUCGAGACCGCCUGCAUGUUAUGGUUCACCGCGGAGUACCUGCUGCGUCUUGCCUCCUCUCCGAACAAGCUGCACUUCGCGCUCUCUUUCAUGAACAUUAUAGACUUCAUGGCCAUCAUGCCUUUCUACGUGGUGCUAUCCCUUACCUACCUCGGCACUACCUCUAUGAUGGAGCUGGCAAACGUCCAACAGGCUGUCCAGGCCCUCCGCAUCAUGCGUAUCGCGCGUAUUUUCAAGUUGGCGCGCCACUCCUCCGGGCUGCAGACUCUGACCUACGCGCUCAAGAGGAGCCUCAAAGAGCUGGGGCUGCUCCUCAUGUACAUGGGCGUGGGGAUCUUUGUGUUCUCGGCGCUGGCCUACACCAUGGAGCAAAGCCAUCCGGAGACGCUUUUCAGGAGCAUCCCGCAGUCUUUCUGGUGGGCCAUCAUCACCAUGACCACGGUGGGCUACGGAGACAUCUACCCCAAAACCACGCUCGGCAAGUGCAACGCAGCAGUGAGUUUUCUGUGCGGGGUGAUCGCCAUCGCCUUACCCAUCCACCCCAUCAUAAAUAACUUUGUGGUCUUCUACAAUAAGCAGAAAGUGCUGGAGACUGCGGCGAAACACGAAGUGGAACUGAUGGAGCUGAAGUCCGGCAGGGACGCGCGAAGAAAAAGCAGUAAUUAAGAGCAGACUGCGGGCGCACCAGCAAGUUCAGACUUUCCCAUGACAUUUUGUCGGAAACAUCAAGAGCAAUUUCAUAACGAAAGUACAUGUGAAAAAACAUCUAGGUUGAAGCUAAAGUUUGUUCAUAAAAUUCAGUAUCUAACUUAAAUGAAGACUUUUCAUGAGCUCCACGCAGUGACACCUGCUGUACAUAGCGUCUUUGCUCAGCUGUGCUGUUUCUGUUUGCUUUGACUGUCAAACGUGCUGCCAACACUGGUCCGGUUUUCUGCUUCACAUCUCUUGUCAUUGUGAAGGCUUGUUGUUAUUAUAUAAUUAAAA